AUGAUUUCACACGCGAGCCACGCGAUCCUUAUCAGAGUUCCCCAUUUUACGUGCCGUGUCGGAAACCUCGGUCCCAAAUUACUUGCGAAAGUCUCAGCACGGCCAAAGACCUUCCAUUUCCUCAAGCCUUCUUCUUCGAAGCUCCAAAAACCGUCUUUGUUCUCCACUGCUAGACUCAUGGGCUCACUCUCUGCGUUGAAAGGCCCUUUAGAUUAUCCAAUCGCUCGACGAGAUGAAUCCGUAGUUGACGAUUACCAUGGCGUUAAGGUUGUUGACCCUUAUCGUUGGCUUGAAGAUCCUGACGCUGAGGAAGUGAAGGAUUUUGUUCAGAAACAGGUUAAAUUAACUGAAUCGGUGCUUGAAAAGUGCGAGGCAAAGGAUAAGCUUCGCAAUAAAAUUACCAAGCUUUUUGAUCAUCCGCGGUAUGAGGUCCCCUUCAAGCGAGGCAAAAAGUAUUUCUAUCACCAUAAUACUGGUCUUCAAGCCCAAAGUGUCCUUUACGUCCAGGAUAGUUUGGAUGGAGAAGCUGAGGUAUUGCUUGACCCGAAUUCGCUUAGUGAGGAUGGAACCGUGUCGUUGAGCUCAUUAUCUGUGAGUGAGGAUGCUAAGUACUUGGCAUACGGGCUUAGUUCCAGUGGCAGUGAUUGGGUGACAAUUAAAGUGAUGCGAGUUGAUGAUAAAUCAGCUGAGCCUGAUACUUUAUCAUGGGUGAAGUUUUCUGGUAUAAGUUGGACCCAUGAUAGCAAAGGAUUUUUCUAUAGUCGUUAUCCGGCACCCAAAGAGGGGGAAGGUGUCGAUGCUGGAACGGAGACCGAUUCUAACCUUAAUCAAGAGUUGUACUAUCAUUUUCUUGGUACGGAACAAAGUGAAGAUAUUUUAUGCUGGAAAGAUCCUGAAAAUCCUAAGCACUUUGUGGGAGGUAGUGUCACUGAUGAUGGAAAGUAUCUUCUCCUAACUAUUGGCGAGAGCUGUGACCCUGUCAAUAAACUAUAUUAUUGUGAUAUGUCCUCGCUCGAUGAAGGUCUUGAGGGUUUCAAGAAAAAGAACAGUCCUCUCCCGUUUGUUAAGUUAAUCGAUACAUUUGAUGCACAAUAUGAAGCUAUUGCUAAUGAUGGCACAGUUUUUACUUUCCUUACCAAUAAAGAUGCCCCCAAAUAUAAAGUAGUUCGAGUAGAUCUGAAGGAACCAAGUAACUGGUUUGAUGUCAUCCCAGAGGCUGAGAAGGAUGUGCUUGAAUCAGCAUAUGCUGUAAAUGUUAAUCAAAUGAUUGUCAGUUACCUGAGUGAUGUGAAGUAUGUGCUGCAAGUAAGAGAUUUAAAAUCAGGAUCAGUGCUGCAUCAGUUGCCAAUCGACAUUGGGACUGUUAAUGGGAUUUCGGCACGGAGAGAAGACAGUGUGGCUUUUAUUGGUUUUACCAGCUUUCUUACUCCGGGUAUAGUAUACCAGUGCAAUCUAGGCACCGAGGUACCAGAGAUGAAGAUAUUCCGUGAAAUUAGUGUUCCUGGAUUUGACCGCUCAGAGUUUGAAGUCAAUCAGGUAUUUGUUACAAGUAAGGAUGGUACCAAGAUCCCAAUGUUCAUUGUGGGUAGGAAGAAUACUAAUUUGGAUGGGUCACACCCUUGUUUGCUGUAUGGAUAUGGUGGAUUUAACAUUAGUCUCACACCAACGUUCAGUGUGAGUCGUAUUGUACUUACAAGGCAUCUGGGUGCUUUUUACUGCGUUGCCAACAUUAGAGGUGGGGGAGAAUAUGGAGAGGAAUGGCAUAAAGCUGGUGCUCUUUCCAAGAAGCAAAAUUGCUUUGAUGACUUUAUUUCUGCUGCCGAGUAUCUUAUAUCUGCUGGCUAUACUAGGUCUGAAAAGUUGUGUAUUGAAGGUGGAAGCAACGGUGGGCUUCUCGUUGGGGCUUGCAUAAACCAGAGACCGGAUCUUUUUGGUUGUGCUUUGGCUCAUGUUGGUGUGAUGGACAUGCUGCGAUUUCACAAGUUCACCAUUGGCCAUGCAUGGAUGUCGGAUUAUGGAUGUUCUGACAAGGAGGAAGAGUUUCACUGGCUAAUCAAGUACUCACCGCUGCAUAAUGUACGAAGACCAUGGGAACAACAUCCUGAUCAAUCAUUGCAGUACCCGCCUACUUUACUAUUGACUGCUGAUCAUGAUGAUCGAGUCGUGCCAUUACACUCAUUGAAAUUCUUGGCAACAUUGCAAUAUGUUUUGUGCACAAGCUUAGAGAAGAGCCCCCAGACCAACCCAAUUAUUGGUCGCAUUGAAUGCAAGGCUGGACAUGGAGCUGGACGCCCAACGCAGAAAAUGAUCGAUGAAGCUGGUGACCGAUAUGGAUUCAUGGCCAAGAUGUUGGGUGCAUCUUGGAUUGAGUAGCUUUUUUUGAUGGAAAAGCUAGGAUUGUUGGUCUGCUUGCUCCGACUGCAGAAUUCUAUUUUCUUAUCUCAUGCCUUUAUACUGGGGAUCAAGCAAAGAUAAACUUGCCCUUUCCCUUGUUCAAUGAGGAAUUAUUGCUUACAAAAGAGAUUUUUGCUUUCAUUUUUUUUACUGGAUUAUAAAGAAAAUACUUUCACCA